GUCAUCUCUUUCCCAUACCACACUUGACGUUCAAUUCAGUCACCUUCCUUGACUGAAACAAGCCAUUCUAUUAUCUCCUUCCCUUUUGUGGGAUUCACUCUAGCCAGCCAGCCAGCCGGUACUUUACCAUUCACAUUUAAAGGUUCCAACUUCCAACCUAUUUCCUGACUUUGUUAUCCUCCAGAGCCUGUCAAAAUAAUACCCCUUUCACCUUCUGCAGUUUCACCAUUUUCAGGUAGUGUAUUAAAACAUAUAUCCUCCAAUGGCAUCCAACUCUCUUGCUUCUUCACGUACCUCUAGCUCCUCUUGGACCCCUCAGGAGAACAAAAGGUUUGAAAGGGCCCUGGCUGUUUAUGAUAAGGACACCCCUGAUCGCUGGCAGAAGGUUGCCAGAGCUGUGGGCGGAAAAUCUGUAGAGGAGGUGAAGAGGCAAUAUGAGAUUCUCAUUGAGGAUGUCAGGGACAUUGAAUCUGAUAGAGUCCCAAUUCCCAAAUACAGGUGAAAGAAAAUGUUAAGUAAGGCUAUGGCUUUGAGUAUGAAGAGUAGAGUUCUUGAAGCAUCCAGGGUUCCAAACUUCCAAUGAAGAUCAAGACAAUCUUACUGCAUAUCAUAAACAGAUUGUAAAAAAAUACCAGAUUUGCAAAGAAGCAUCCGAUUAUGUAGUUAUGUUGUUUCCCCUUUUGUAUACAGUUGUUUUUGUGUCUGUCUUGUCCUACAGCGACAUAUCUAAUCCUGUUUAGUCUGUAUGAAGCAAGCAUUAUUAAGCAUUUGAGAUUUCCACA